CCCCAGCCCCCUCCCCCGUGGGGCCGUGUCUUCUUGGUCAUCCCGGCUCCCAGGGCCCUGACGUGUGGUCCUCUGUCCACAGGACGGAGCCUGGUUUACCACCCCUGGAGCCCAGCACUGGUGUCUGCCCUUGGCCAGUGAGGCCAGAGUUCCGGAGGUGCAGCAUGGCCCGGGGCUGCCUCUGCUGCCUCAAAUACAGCAUGUUCCUCUUCAACCUGCUCUUCUGGUUGUGUGGCUGUGGGUUACUCGGCGUUGGCAUCUGGCUGUCGGUGUCCCAAGGCAACUUCGCCACCUUUUCGCCCAGCUUCCCCUCGCUGUCGGCCGCCAACCUGGUCAUCGCUCUUGGCACUGUCGUCAUGGUGACCGGCUUCCUGGGCUGCCUGGGGGCCAUCAAGGAAAACAAAUGCCUGCUGCUUAGUUUUUUCAUUGUCCUCCUGGUCGUCCUCCUGGCAGAGCUGAUUCUCCUCACCCUGUUCUUCGUCUACAUGGACACGGUGAACGACAAUGCGAAGCGGGACCUGAAGGAGGGGCUGCAGCUGUACAACACGGAAAACAACGUGGGCUUGAAGAAUGCCUGGAACAUCAUCCAGGCGGAGAUGCGGUGCUGUGGUGUCACAGACUUCACAGACUGGUUUCCGGUGCUGGGGGAAAACACAGUCCCCGACCGCUGCUGCAUGGAGAACUCCCAGGAUUGUGGGCGCAAUUCCACCACACUAGUGUGGAAAACGGGCUGCUAUGAGAAAGUGAAGAUGUGGUUUGAAGACAACAGGCACGUGCUGGGGACAGUCGGGAUGUGCAUCCUUAUCACACAGGUCCUGGGCAUGGCCUUCUCCAUGACGCUCUUCCAGCAGAUCCAUCGCACCGGGAAAAAAUACGACGCCUGAGAGUCCGCCCAGAACCCCCCGUGCCAGGAGAGGAUCUGAGCUCGGGUGCCUUCCCCACCCUCCCUCCCUGCCCGCUCCGGACCGCUGCCCCACUCUCCACCCAAGCCGGCCGGCAUCCCCUCUGCCUCCCACCCCAGCUGGCCGGGACCUGCCCCGCCCUCGGACUCCUCCCUGGGUUGGGCUGGGAGCAGGGCAGGGGCCUGUGGGCCGCUGACCUCUCCCACCAUUCAUUUGCCAAAGAAGAGUCGGGGGCCGGGAGGAACUGGACCCCAAGUCCCCCGCCAUGCACAGAACACCCAGAGACAGAGGUCUCUAGCCCGGUCCCCCUUCUCAGAACACUCGUGCCCCGGCUCCUCCUUUGUUCCCACCUGGAGUACUUGGGAGCAAGAGGAGCCCCCUCCCCCGCGAGCCCCCAAAGGCUGGGGCUGGGACCCCCAUUAACUCCCUAGCUUCACGUUUUUUAAGAUUUUAUUCUGAUGGCAAUUAUUCCGGGGGUCUUCCGGUCCUCGAGCUACGUUUAGGGUUAGCUUUGUGACUUACAACUUUAUAUGUCUUGAUUUCUCUUAUUUCUCUGGUCAGUGGCUGGGAUGGGGCACCUGUCUGGACCCAACAAACACCUGUCACCCCCUCUUGCAUGAAGACAGGGGGAUACCAGGGGGGGGAGAGGGUCUGUCUGGAGGGCAGCCGGCCAGCGAGGGCGCAGGACACUGAGUCAGCCAUUGAGAUCUGGUCGGGAGGAAGGAAAGAUGACCAGGUGCACUGCUCGGUCCACUCUAUCCACCUGUGCUGGGGAAAGGGGAGACCAGGACUUUCUGUCUUUCUUCUAUGCCGCCUCCUUUCCUCCCCUUCGUCCGUGUUUCCGGGAGUCUUCUCUCACCCCUGGCUGUUCCUGCUGGGACACUCUGACCUCUCCACUCUGCUGCUCCCCUGGACUCUCCUCCCCCGUCUUCAUCUACCCUCACUGUCGAGGGAGGGAAGAGGGCUUUUCUUUGUUUGCUUUCCAAAGGAAAGGUCAAGUGUGGGGGGCUGCCCUGUCUCCUCUGGAGCCCCCUGCCCCUUGUUCCCGCCCAUGACCCCUGAAUGGGGGUUUGGGCUCAAGAACUACGUUACCGAGGGUGGGGGGAGCAGUAGGGCUUGGGAGGACA